CAGAAGCCCGAGUGAAGAUGAAGAGUGUGGUGGUGUUGGUGCUCUCAGUGCUGACCUGUGGUCUGGCCGACUGUAAGACUGUGACCAUAUGUGACGUGAACAAUGUCAUCAAGGACAGAUCCCUCAUCCCCAGUAAAUUCUCGGACCAGAACCUCAGGGCCAAGGUGAUCUGUAAGGCAAAUCCCGAGGUUGGCAUGCGAACCGACUGGAAAGAGGCGGGGCCACAGGGGGGCGAGACAUUAUACGGCCUUUUCCAUCUCAGUAACCGACUCUUCUGCAGAGACGAUUCCUCAGACUCCACCUCCAUCGACCACUGUAACAUCCACUGCAACAAGUUUAUUGACGACGACAUAACCGAUGAUGUUGAAUGUGCUCUUGGCGUCUUGACGAAUCUUCUUGAACAUGGAUUUGACUUCAUGAACUACAAUGUAUCAAAGCUCCAGGAAUUAAAUCAAAUGGUCAACGACCUCCUCGCAGGUGGUUGCAAUGGAAAGAAAGACCAAGAUUAUCCACUCGAUCAAUGCCAAUAAUCUCAAUCUGCUUUAGGAGUCACUGCAGCAUAUAAUCCCGUCUCACACGAGCUGCCUGCCGUUAAUGGCCAUAAUAAAGUGAAGCAUGUUCUA